GGCGGGAGCCGAGCCCAGCUAUGAAUGGUUGAAAUACCACAGCCAAGAAGGUCGAUCUUGAGGAAUUUACUUGCGUGGUGUGGUGAGGAAGAAGCUGGUAGGAAUCAUGUGCUACUAUAACACAGCCUGUCUUUAAAGUCACCUUGUAAUGAAAGAAAAUGCAGCUGACCGUGACAUUUCUAUGGAAGGACCUAACGAUUUGUUCGUAGGCAACUGCGAUGGUACAGGAGAGUCCCAGACAAAUGAUCAGGUUUUCCAGAAGUUGCUACUCAAAGUACAUGUUACUGUUUUUCCUCUGUGAAAGCAUCUAACGUGCAUGGAUUCCAGGGAUCCAUUGUUUGGCCAGAGUGACUCUCCUGCUGCCUUGCCCAUCACAGUCCACCUCUUAGGCAGUUCUGCAUCCUCGGCUGUGCCGGCACGGCCACCCCAGCCACGGGCUCCCUCUGCAGAGGAGUUCCAGCUGGCAGACCAAACCAGGCAGCCUCUCUGUGAGCUGCAGCCCCCAGGAGGGCCCAGUGCACCCAUGAUGAUUGUUGCCAGCCAGUCAGAAAAUGGACAGGUGCUGCAUGUCAUUCCUUCUGCUCAGCCUGGAGUGACCCAAGUGAUUAUUCCUCAAGGUCGGCUUCUGGAUGUGACCAGCACACAGGAUGCUUCGGAAGAGAACUGUGGUGAUGGGAACCUGCAGACUGUGGUGGUGGCUGCUAUAGCAGACAGUGCAAGCAGUUACAUUCUACAUCCACAGGCAUCUCUCACUGUAUCAAAAAAAACAACCACCAGGGUAGUGGAAGAUCCUUUUCACAUCCCUCACCAGCCUUUGCCACUAAAUACUCCUGCAUGGGCACGCUGUCUCAGGAACUGUGAGAAAAUUGGGGACUCGUACCGCGGCUAUUGUGUGAGUGAGACAGAAUUAGAGAGUGUUCUAACGCUACACAAGCAGCAAACACAAAGUGUGUGGGGGACACGCCAGUCUCCAAGCCCAGCCAAACCCGCCACACGGUUGAUGUGGAAAUCUCAGUAUGUCCCAUAUGAUGGGAUCCCCUUUGUCAAUGCAGGAAGCAGAGCCAUUGUAAUGGAGUGUCAGUAUGGGCCAAGGAGGAAAGGUUUCCAGCCCAAAAAAGCUGGUGAGCAGGAAAGCACCUCUGGCCAUCUGUACAAAGCCACUUGUCCAGCAAGAAUCUAUAUUAAAAAGGUUCAGAAGUUUCCAGAAUACAGGGUUCCUACUGAUCCUAAAAUUGACAAGAAAAUCAUAAGAAUGGAGCAGGAGAAAGCAUUCAACAUUCUGAAGAAGAACUUGAUAGAUGCUGGUGGUAUCCUCAGGUGGUAUGUACAGUUACCUACUCAGCAAGCCCACCAAUACCAUGAAAUGGAAACAUCCUGCCUCCCUCCUUCACCCUCUCAUUUUCCUGUGUCUUCUCCUGAGGAGGAGGAAGAGGUUGUUAGAGAUGAGAACUGUGCUCUGCCUUCUCGACUUCAUCCUCAAGUGGCAGACAAGAUCCGAGAACUGGUGUCUCAGGGAAUAGAGCAGGUCUAUGCAGUGAGGAAGCAACUAAGAAAGUAUGUGGAAAGAGAGUUAUUCACGCCUGAUGAAGUGCCAGAAAGACAUAAUCUGUCCUUCUUCCCCACCGUGAAUGACAUCAAGAACCACAUUCACGAAGUACAGAAGUCUCUAAGGAAUGGAGAGAUGGUGUAUAAUUCAGAAAGUAUCCCAGCAAUGCUGCAAUGGACCACAGACAGUGGGAAUGUCCUCACAGAAACAGUGACUGUUACGUUUGCCUCACCACCUUCAGAGGGGAGCUCAGGGGGUGAGUCAGUCAUCACCAAAGCAGAAUCCAGCCAGAGUGGGGAGUCCUUGCCGCCAGAAACAGCCCAGCUGUUGUCUUCACUCUCUUCACUUCAGCCCAAGAUAUUUGCACAACUUCAGGGAUUACAGCUGCAGUCAGCAUUUACCUCCACAAAUGGAUCAACAGCCCUGAUAGCUGUAAAUAACCAUUCCCCUCCCAGCCCUGCAAGUCUCCUGGAUUCCCUAGGGAGUGCAAUAACCAGCCAUUCUGUAACACUUAGUCAGGGCCACAGCCUGCAAGCAGGUGCUGGCCUAACACAGCAUGGUGCUGCUGCCUCUGCUUUUGGGACUCCACCUGGCUCUGAUCAAAGUCUGGCCGCCAUGGGCCAGUUGGUACCAGCUGGAGGUGUAAAUGACUCCAGAAGCCUGGAAGGAGUCCAUCAGAUUCUCUUGGGAGAUGUACAGACUACUCCAGUUCAGAUUGUGGACAACCAUCCAGCACUUACUGAAGAAAAUACGGAGGGUAUUACCUGUGUGAGCCAAGUUAAACAAGAGCCAAGAGAAAAAGCGUUGUCUAUGGAGCCAGAUAAAAUCAGAGACUGCCAUAGUUCCUCACCAUAGUUCUUCACCUUCACCUGUGAAGCCUGGAAGGAUUUUUCGAAUUGGAGAACUCUAAUGUCUUGGAAGGAAAGGCAGGUGCUCUCAAAGUCCUGCCGUUCUUUUUCAAUUGUAUUGUGACAUUCAGACUAAGCAUACUUUAGAGUUGUUUUGACAGAAAGCUGUUUUGAUUUGACUGAUGUGGCUCACUGCCAAUUCCAGGUCAUUCAGUUGCCCUGUGGAACACCACCUCUCUCUUCUGUUUCAAGCUUUGAGUAAUCUAGGUGCUAUCCAAAUGGCCCAUUUUGGUUAAUGUUUCUGAAGGUCUUCCACAGUUUAAUUCCUUAGCUUUAGAGUGUGGAUCACAAUGCUGGGUUUGCUUUUUCUCCUUGAGACCCUCGACUGUUGUUGCACUACAGAGACCAUAGAAUCUGUCAGCUCCAAGAUCACAGAAUCCAAUGGCAAAGUUGAUCAGUAUGGCAAUGGUUUUGUGACAAAAUGAAGGUCCAGGAUGCUAAACUGCAAAGUGAUAAAGAACUGGAUGCUUAAGAAAAUGCAACUUUGGCCUGAUCAUAAUGUUAAUGGUGUGAAGAUCAAGGAGAGGAGAAAGGAAAACAAAGCUUUUCUUCCCAACUGAAUUAACUUGCUGCUCUCCUCAUCCAUCUGACUGCAGCUCUGUCUACCUUAAGCAUACUCAGUAUCCAGCCAAAUGUCUCUUUCUUCACACUUACUAAGGCUUCCACAGAAACCCCAUCCCUUGGGUCCUCCAAUCUCAAUGUUUCGCUGCUGGACUGUUGAAGCAGCUGCUGAGUUCUCUGCACAAGUAAAUAGUGGUGAGAUUUGCCCCUGUCAGUUUUUCUUCCUGUUUCCCCAGAAUCCUACAUCCAUAUGUUCCUUUUAAUUCCAUUAAUUUUUUUUCUUGCUUGCUCUGGGGGUCAUCAUCAUUACCUGGAUGAAUAUCGGGGGGCCACAUUUCACAGGACAUCAUUACAUUCACAGCAACUGAAAGAUUUCAUAAAACAAGGAGGGAAAGGGUGGUUUCUGCCAGCUGUUAGGGCUGGGCUCUUUCAUACCGCUUGAAUUCCUGAUUCUGGCUGUGGAUAGUAGCUGCCUGUUAACUUGUCUGUCUGUUGGCAAACUUACAAUUUUCUCCCUUAAGCCUAUCCAAGCAGAUAUGUUCUCAGAUGUCUAGGCAGGAAGAAUCUGUUCCAUUAGGGAUAGAAGCUGAGGAUGGUGCCAUGAAAAGUUACUGCUCUUCACAGAUCUCUGAUGAGAAAAUUGUCUUUGAUCUGCCCUGCCCUUCUGAACAAAGCUUUCUUAGGAAUAGACUUCAGAGCCUAUGCCAUCAGUAACAAUUAUCUUCUCCCAGCAACAGUGCACCUCAUUAAUGAAUGAAACAAGCAUUAUGUAAAACAGGCUGUGUUGAUUUUUUAGGUCAGAAGCUAUCCAGGUGGUUUAUCCAACAGCAGCAACUAAGGUAUGAUUUGAGGGGAAAGCAAAAAUCUCGUCACGUAACAGGAGCGUAUGUGCAUGCAUUUGGGUUUUUUCCAAUGUAAGCUCUUACAUCUAAUAUCUCAUUCCAUUUCUAAUGCACAUGACAAAUGACAUGUUUAUUUUCUGGAGGGAUUUGAUGUGUUUUCUGGAGAAACUUCAAAGGAGUGAUCAUAAAUAGUACUGCUGUAUUAUACGAAGUAUUAGUGUGUUUGUCAUCUAGGACCCCAUCCUAUACAGAAGGGGGUUUAAAAGCAUGGAAAGCUUUCUAAGUACAAAUACUGAGUGUCCUUGUCCUGAGGAGUCUUCCCUGGACAGAAGAAUAGGAGCUGUAGGAGUUUUUCUCAUCAGUAGUCUGUUAGCCUCUGCUAGAUAGAAGAACUUUGCAAAAAGCGUGUAUAUGAUAGCCUCUUUAUGGAAGUUACCUUUGGAUACUUAGUAGUUUUGAAUUAUAUAUGCAUACAGGAUUGUAUGUAUCUUAAAAAAAAUAAAAUGCAGACAGAACUAUAAUUGUUUGCAUGUAAUUCUUUAAUACAUCUUUAAUUACACCUAGCUGUGGUUAAAUGAUGCAGAUAUUUUAGGGCACAUGUAAUCAGAUGUGGAUAAUUGGAAUUCAUGUUUUUACUACAGCCAUCCUUAGCUCUCUGCAGCACAGCUCAGUUGGUCAUUUGGCAUGUACUGGCUUCUGUUAAUGACAUUCUGCCUGUUUAAACAAGACCAUGCUGUUCUAAGCAAAUUAAAUUUGUCUCUCUUCCCGAUCUUUUUUUCUAAUAGGGAUUUAUAAGGCUCAUCAGAGGAUGAAAAUCUGUUUGUCAUAUAGUGCUUUCAUAAGAGUUGAUUUCUGGGUCCUCACUGUGAAGGAGCUAGAGAGCUAUUUGAUCUGCCAUUUGGACAUUUUUCUAAUGUACUUGGAUUGCUAUAGCAGGACAGUGUCACUACAGCAUAAAUUACCACUAAAAUACUGUUAAAAUUUUAGCUCUGUCCUUUGUUGAAAUGUUGAUAGUGGCUUCAGGAAGGAUCACAGAUUUGCUUCUGCAUUUUGCAGAACAGUCUUUGUCUCUAGAUACUAUUUAAAAUGUAAUUAGCUGUGGCAGUCAAAUGGCAGUAAGAGGGCCAGGAACAGAGGUGCGUAUUGGCAGAUCAGUAAGAGAAAGAGAGAAGUUCAGUUCCAGUGUCCUCAUGCCAGACUAACAUUCUCUGUGCUAGUCCUGAAUGCACCUUCAGAAACAAUGAUUUGUCUUUGUGUGCUGACAUAGCUGUUCUUGCCCACUCAAGAAGUUCUACAAGCCUGCAAGAGACAUGGAGAGCAUGAAGAAGGUGUGUAAGAUUUUUAUGAGAGGACCAGCAUGAAUGGAACAGAGGAGAUUAAAGUUUGAUGGCAUAACUUCUAUUUAACCCACAUUCUUUGGUGGGAGGAAGAGGAUUUUUCAAUAGAGAAUAAAAGUAAAUCUUCCUUUUCAGAAAUAUUAGUAUUACUGUGUCUCUGAUCUGCUUGACAAGAUGCCCAGCAUUUGGACAGGCCUCAAUGUUUAUGUUUUUAUGAGUAUGUACCAAUAUGCUAAUGAAUACUCAUCCAUGCAUUGCCAUCUUUGCAAGUCAUAGUGAAAUUGUAGGCCAGUGGCACCUCCUAAUCUUUUUAUUGUCUGUGUACAUUUUCUUAAAGUAAAUGAAAGCUUGUUUAAUAAAGAAGCAGUGUAGAGCUUUUGUCUGAAGUCUUUUCAGAUAUAUGUUUUUUACAGAUUAAGCUUUAACUUUAAAUGAAUAAUGUUAUAUACUUCUAGCCCUGAAAUAACCUAAAAUAACCUAAGCCUUUUUAAUUGUUUUUUUCUUUUUAUCCAGAACAUGAAACAUUCCAAACUGCACCUCAAAACUGCCAUGUUCAGAGCCUGAAAGGUUUGGCACUUUUCUUCCUCUGUAGGUGAUCUUCCAUCUGUACUAUAAUUAUCACUGUGUUCAGUGUCUUCAACAAAAAAAGAUCACCAGUUACAGAAUGAAACUUGCACAACAGAAGGGGUGGAGUGGGAAACGGGCAUGACACCAGAAUCCACACUUAUGACUUCUCCCAUCACAUGAGGGCACUUUUUUGUUUGCGUAAUGUACCUGGUCACUUGGCAGCAUGUCAGGAACAAUAUCUGCAAACUGUAAUUUGUUUAUUAACAUCCAUGGCACAUCAGUUCUAGCUGUGGCAAAUUUUCUUUGUGCAUGGAAUUUGCAUUGGUUCAUUGGUGUCAAAAAUGGUCAGAUCUUGUGAACCGAGUCUUCGGUUGUGAAUUUAAUCUUAGUCUGAGCUAUGGACGAAUUCUGAGGCUAUGCCCCCUGUGUUCUGCAGUGCUUGUUGAGCAGAAGACAAACCUUCUGGCUCCCAGGAACAGCUGCACUUGUCUUGUCUUUCUGCCUGAUGCAAAGCUGCUCAUAUUAAUCUUUUGAAGGAUGGCUCAUGGAAUUCUGCUUUCCAGCUUAAGGGAAGAUAAAGGUCUCUGUAUAUGAAAACUUGAUGGACAAUGUACACAGAGAGAUGAGAGCACCUGUGACAGUCACCCUCAAGCAUACUGUAAUUUAGGAAUGGGAGCUUAUAGGAGGAAUAAGCAACUGAAGAAUAUAGUGGGAAAAGUAGGCAUUCUUGCUCUUUAUAUAGUACCACCCUUACACAAUAUGUUUCCUUAAACAUCUUGAGAAAUACUGGCCAGCAGUGGGAGGAAAACUAAUCUCAAUUUCUCCCCACCCCCAACUUUGAGUUUAACAGUGCUUUUGCAAAUUAAUCACAAGUUUGGCCUCGAAAUCUCUCCUAGAUCUAAUUCAGUUUUGCUUUGUCAGGUUGCUGUUAAGUUACGUAAAUUUAACUUUUUCUCACAGCUAUUCUCUUAAAGCUAAAAUUAAAUGGGAGAGAGAAUUGGAAAUUAAUUAUUUAUGUUUAUUACAGAUGACACUUUUCAGUUUUCUGAAGUGUGCAGGUGUUUCUUCCUUGGCUUCCACUUUUCUCUCUUAUUUCACUAUGUUUUGGAUGUUUUCUCAGGUUCACUUACCUCUGAGAGUACUCCAGAUAACUGUCAAGAGACCAGAGCACAGAACAGAAGAGGAAGGGAAGCUUGCAACAAGCUGCUUACAGGAGAUAGAAAGCUCUCAAAGUUACAGCUGAAGAUUGCAUUUUCUUCUGGCUGAAAUGGCUCACUGUAUAUGGUAAAUGUUUUUUUUAAUAUACAACUUCUUAGUCAUUGAUUUUGUUAUUAUUUAUUCUCUAAGCUAACAUCUAAUAAAAGCUAGAAGGGUAAUCAUGUAUGUUUGCUUUUAUCUUCAGUGCAAUAGUUAUCUUCUGAAUGCAAGCUGGUCUGAUAACUCCAUGUUCUUGACUGUUGACAAAACUAAAAGUUACCACAUCUGAGGUGUUUUGUACAUGGAAGGAGAUGGAGAAAGUGGGAACUUUCUUAACCUUCUUACUUCUACUGAGAACAGAUGAUCUGUGGAAAGAGGGCUUUACCAGUUUUAAAUCAAUAUCUUCACAAUAAUUUGGUGGGUGUACAGGUUUUUCAUGUCAGGUGCUGGCGCAUGUCUAACUUUGUAUGUGAUACAAGCCAUAAAAUUACCUCUUGCUGGCCUACCCAUAUUGGGGUUUUUUGUGUCCUAUCACUGUACUCAUACUUGGUGCUUUUUGGGAGUGGGGGAAUUGUUUUAGAUGUUCUCAUUUUUCGCUUUUCUGCCUUUCUCCUAUUGCUUCUUUCUCCUCUCUAGAGCAGUGUAGAAACAAAUUUCUCAUUUUAAAAAACUGUGCUAUCCUCAGUUUCCCAUGUUUGGGGAUAAAUUUCCUCUCUACCUUACUGUGCUGGAGGUUGAUUCCUUACAUGACUGAAAUGUAAGAUGCCAUUAUGUUUUGCUUAAGGAGGGGGAGAUACUGGGGUGAGUUCCGCUGCCCCCUUCACUCCAGAAGUUCUCACAGGAAGCACCUGCCACAGGUUCUGCUUCUGCAUCUCCACGCAGGCCAGCACAACUGCAGAGCUGUGCUGAUGAGAGCACUGUUGUGCACUGUGUGCACCAGCACGUUAUCAGUACAAAGAACCGUCCGUCUCCCCCUGUUCUGAAUCCAGAUCAGUCUGAGGGUCUGGCCCACUGUGCCCCCACAAAUGACUCUUUGAGCACAGCUUGAAAGAGAGCAGAGGAGAGGGUGAGGAAGUUCUUAAUCUCCAGCUUGUAGUUUGUGCUUCUGUAUUGGGUGCAGGUGCCCAGGUGCGGGUGUCUCUAUGCAGGACACAGCUGGUUCCAGACAGCUCUGCAAUGGACCCACCGUGGGGCACAGCUGAGCACAUUGGUGAAGCUGCUGGCACCUCUGUGGAAGUGUAUUUAAGACAGGGCAAAAUGCUGCAUGGCAGAGAGGAACGAGGAAGAAGGUGAGAAAAACAGUCCUCUGAACACCAAGGUCAGAGAAGGAGAGGGAAAAAUUGCUUCAGGUGCUGGAGUGUGCAUUUCCCUGCAGACCAUGGAGGAUCACAUGCCAGAGCAGGUGGAGAUUUUUCUGAAGGAACUGCAGUCCAUGGAGAGGAGCCAUGCCAGAGCAGGACUCCAGCCUGUGGAGAGGACCCAUGAUGGAACAAGGGAAAAGUGUGAAGAUGGAGUGAUAGUAAGGAGCUGUUACAGACUGACUGCAACUUCCCCAUUCCACUUUGCCCUGUGCUGCUUUGGACAGAUGGAGGCAAAGAAGUUGGGGGUUGAAAAUGUGAAGUUGAGUCUGAGGAAAGAGGGGAGCAUGAAGGGAAGGUGCUGAUUUAAUUUGCAUUUGUUUCUCGCUGAUUUAAUCUAUUUUAAUUGACAAAUUAUUUUUCCUCACAUUGAAUCAAAUAUUGAAAUUUACAUCUGGACUCAGUGGAAAAUGCUUACUGAUUUCUGUUUGAUCACUGCAGGUCACUUUUGCUUUGCAUUUUUUAAGUAAGACAAUUCUUAAGGAUUUUAAGGAUUCAUUCUGUGUGUAGGAAGGAGUGUAACUUGUUUGAAUCAGAAGUUGCAUUUCUGGAUGUAUUCUGGUUAGGCCUUUCAAGUUCUGCUGGUUCACCUCUUCACUAGAGUAAAGCUCAGAUGGAGAAUUAACUCAGGAACAGGUCCAAUCCGUUACAUUUCAGCUGGAAAAGAAUACCAGCCAUAUUUUUACAGGUUUGAGCAUGGAAGAAUCAUUCUGAGGAGAGGAUGCUACAUCAUGGAUUCUACUUUAUGGUAACUUUGGUAGUGCUGUUCUUACAGAUGUUAAGGAUGUGGCAUCUUUACAGCAUUAUGUUUGUCUGUGCUUCAGAAUGGGGCAAAGUUUGCAGUGAAGCAGCAUCCUUGUUGAAAGUGCUGUUAACUUUGGGAAAAGAAAUAAACAGACCUUGGGAUUGAGAUUUCUAUUGUCGUGCUUUUCAGAUAUUAUUUUCCUGAAUGAGAAGGGAACUUCCUUUAGAGGGUAGGUUUUAUAUGUGUGUUCUUAACUCCACCUGUGAAAAAUACCUGGCACUGGACACCAAGAGUAUCAAGACAGGGUACUAGCUGACAUGACACACUUAAUGGUUUCUAUUGGGGGCACUGUUUGGAAUACAAAAUUUAUGGAUAGCUUCCUAACAUUAGCUCAGUUAAUCUAUUUUUUCCCCUCUUUUCACAUCUCACUAUGAAAGGAAGAUUCUCUGUUAAAAGGAAGAUGGUGAAUUGCUAGUUGUCUGUCUGGAGGAUACAAAGCUAUUUGAGGUGGAUGAAGAAGACUUCUUUGAUAAUAAAUUAGAUGAGCUUCAGAAAGAAUUGCACUGUCAUUAUAACUUCAUCAAGUGAUGUCUUCCAGUGAUAUCACACACUGUUGAUUAUUGUGUUAUGGUUUAUUUACUGUAUCAUUUAUUCAUAAGGCUUUUUUGGCUGUGUCAAGGCCAUAGAAAUAAUACAUGUGGCACUUCUCUUUUCUCUUGAAGUUGUAUGAAAAGGAAAGGAAUUCCUCAUUGUGCAGCUCUCGAGGACAGCCCUGCUUGCUUAGCCACCAGCUGCUCUGGAAGAGUCCAUGGUUAUCUGUGUUCCAUAGCUACCAAAAAAUCUGCACUGAAGUACUCCAUAAAUUUGUGAACUUGGAUCAGGCAAAGUGAGUUUGACAUCUUUGAAGAAACAGACUACACUACAACCGAAUUUAGCGCCUUCAGGAGCUGUGGCCUAGGGUUUAUUGGUUGCAAUUU